AUGCCGUCCGCGAAAGGAAAACCGACGGAUCCUAAGCUGAAGGAGAAGGUUACUGAGGAGGUAAAACAACAACCCAACAAAGACGGCAGCGGAAAAGGCCAAAUGGCAGCAUGGAAGGCCGCCAAAAUCGGCAAGGAAUACGAAGCCCGCGGCGGCGACUACGAAAACGAGCCCGGCUCCAAGAACAAACCGGAGAAAGGCCCACCGCAGAAGAAAUCCGAGGCUACCAAGAAAGCCGAGACGUCUGCCUCCAAAUCCGCCUCCAACAACAACAAAUCGAAAUCAAAACCCGAAGCUGACGAUGGGGAUGAUGAGGAGAAGGGAGACGAAAAGCCCAGAGCAAACGAAGGACGGAAAGCACGGGGUCGACCUAAGGGGGAGGGUGGUGCGGGAGCCAAGGCAAAGGAGAGCAGGGAGCCGAGGCUGGGAGAGAGGAGUAGUGCGCGGCAGAAGGGGGAUAAGGCUGAGGAGCCAGCUGCUGGGGGGAAGAAAAGGAAGAGUGCUGGUGGGGAGGAAUCAGCUGCAAAGAAGAAGAAGUGA